AAAUGCCACAAGAUCGGAUCCCAACAUUGCUUGAUAUCAUUGUGACCAGCCAUUGGUACCAUUCAAGCGGAUGGCAGAUCCCGACUCUGAAAACAUUACCCAAGCAUUUGAAGGACAAAAUACGCCGAUCCCACCUGAAGCGCGGGCACAUGCCCAAUGAGCUCUUUGACGCUCUUACUCACGAGCAGGUUCGAGACGUCGAUCUGAGCUCUUGCGAGGUUGUGACCGAUCCCAUGGUCCUAUCACUCCACAGAGCGCGUGGGUUGCGAAGGCUAGAUCUGAACAAUGUGCGAUGCCAAUUUGACAUCAAGAACCUCUCCAACGCUCUAUCAGAUAUGUGGGGCCUCCGGACCCUAUUCCUGCGCCGAUCUAACGCCGAUGACUCUCUGUUGAGGGUCCUGGGGAAGUUUUGUAUCCAUCUGGAAGAAAUCGACCUCGGAUAUUGUGUGGGAGUGGGCGAUACCGGGAUUGGCCUCCUGGGAGAAGGCUGCGCCAAGUUGAAAUCCCUGAACUUCAGCUCAACGUCCAUCACGGACCUGGGCAUACAGAUUUUUGUUCAGGGCGAGGGUCGGAAGUGUGUGACUGAACUUCGCGUGGACGGAUGUGGACUAACCGAUGAUGGGAUUCAGCUCAUUCUGAUGUUCUGCCCAAAUUUGCAUAUCCUCAUUUUUCACAACUGCCCUUUGGUGACCGAUGACUCGCGAAUUGCUCUGGAGGAAUACCGGAUUCAAAAUGAGAUGUCUCUCUUGCAAUUAAGUUGGACUGUGUAUUAGAAACUGUGAGGAAUAAAAUACUACAAUUAUUUUGAGACAAGCUUAGUGUAGGUAUCACAGUGGGAGGCAUUGACUCGGCUGAGACCCUUCCGGGGCAUUUUCUGACUUGGGCUUCAAUCCUGGUUGUA